CAAGCAGGACUGAUGUCCAGAUGGUGUGCCCCUCCAUGUGUGGUCCAGUUCAGCGCUCCCUGACCGUUUCAUGGGCCACAAACCGACCCAAGCAUCCACGGCCUCAGCUUCACUCAGCCCCACCGCGCACCAACCGUAACCCCUCACCCCUAACCUUCACCUUCAGGCCCCCGCCUCCUGCUGCCUCGCUCUCUGUCAAACCUCUCCUCACCUGUUGACAAUCCUAGCCCGCCUUGAGCCCAACAUGGUGGCCUGCAUCCCCGCUCUAAUUUUGGUCAUGAUGAUUCGGGGGGUCUUGCUUUCUGUCGGUGACCCACCUUCGUCUCGCCGGGAGAUCCGCAUCGAGGGAGAUCUGGUGCUCGGCGGUCUGUUCCCGGUGCACGAGAAAGGUGCUGGGAUGGAGGAGUGUGGGCGUGUAAAUGAAGACAGGGGGAUCCAGAGACUGGAGGCCAUGCUGUUUGCCAUCGACAAAAUCAAUAACGACGAGACAUUGUUGCCUGGGGUAUCUCUCGGGGUUCACAUCCUGGACACUUGCUCCAGAGAUACCUAUGCACUCGAGCAGGCUCUGGAGUUUGUAAGAGCGUCCCUCACAAAGGUGGACGACACAGAGUUCAUCUGUCCAGACGGAUCCUACGCUCUGCAGGACGACAGCCCGCUCGCCAUCGCUGCAGUCAUAGGUGGUUCCUUCAGCAGCGUUUCAAUACAGGUUGCCAAUCUCCUCAGGCUGUUUCAGAUUCCUCAGAUAAGCUAUGCUUCGACCAGUGCCAAGCUCAGCGAUAAGACUCGCUACGAUUACUUUGCCCGCACGGUGCCCCCCGACUUCUACCAGGCCAAAGCCAUGGCCGAGAUCCUUCGCUUCUUCAACUGGACGUACGUGUCCACUGUGGCAUCCGAGGGUGAUUACGGUGAAACUGGCAUAGAGGCCUUUGAACAAGAGGCACGCAUGAGGAACAUUUGUAUCGCCACUUCAGAGAAGGUGGGGCGUUCUAACGCCAAGAAGUCCUAUGAAGCUGUGAUCCGACAGCUCCUCCAGAAGCCAAAUGCCCGUGUUGCCGUCCUCUUCCUGCGCAGUGACGAUGCCAGAGAGCUGCUGGCAGCGGCUGCCAGGCUCAACACCUCCUUCAUCUGGGUAGCCAGCGAUGGCUGGGGUGCCCAGGAAAGCAUUGUCAAGGGAAAUGAGGUCACUGCUGAAGGAGCCAUCACACUUGAACUGGCAGCCAAUCCCUUGCCAGAAUUCAACCGCUACUUUCUCAGCCUGGACCCUGUCAAAAACCUUCGUAAUCCCUGGUACAGGGAAUUCUGGGAGCAGCGGUUCCAGUGCUCCUUGGGUGGUGGAGCAGCAGGAGGGGGAAGUGUUGGACUGGGAGGGACAUCUCUCCCGCCGUGCGACAUGGACUUGUCAAUGGACAAGAGUAACUUUGAGCCAGAGUCCAAGAUCAUGUUUGUUGUGAACGCUGUUUACGCCAUGGCUCAUGCCCUCCAUCAAAUGCAACGGAGCCUCUGCUCGAACACCAACGAGCUGUGCGACAGCAUGAAGGCACUUGAUGGGCGCAGACUCUACAGGGAUUACAUCCUGAAUGUCAGCUUCACAGCCCCUUUCUCUCCUCCUGGCAGUGAAACGGCAGUGAAAUUUGAUUCCCAGGGGGACGGCGUGGGCCGAUACAACAUCUUCAGCUACCAGCGCUCUGUCGAUCGUUACGGUUACGUGCCGGUAGGUGACUGGGCAGAGAGUCUGACUUUGAGCAACGAUCUGAUUCACUGGCCAAGAGAAGUGGUGCCCACCUCGCAGUGCAGCGAUCCCUGUGAACGCAAUGAGAUGAAGAAAAUGCAGGCAGGUGAGUACUGCUGCUGGAUCUGCACAUCCUGUGAGCCUCAUGAAUACCUGGCUGAUGAAUUCACCUGCUCGCCCUGUGCCCCUGGCCAGUGGCCCACUGAAGACCUGACGGCCUGUUACGACCUGCCUGAGGACUACAUCAUGUGGGAAGAUGCCUGGGCCAUUGGUCCAAUUACCAUCGCCUGUGUAGGGUUCUUGUGCACUGGUCUUGUGUUCUGGGUGUUCAUCCGACACAAUCACCCACCGCUGGUGAAGGCUUCAGGCAUAGAGCUGUGUUACAUCCUCCUCUCAGGAGUCUUCAUGUCCUACGCCAUGACAUUCCUCUUCUUGGCCAAACCUUCUCCUGCCAUCUGUGCCCUCCGGCGCCUAGGCCUGGGCACGUCGUUCGCUGUCUGCUACUCCGCCCUCCUCACCAAAACCAACAGAAUAGCCAGGAUUUUUAACGGCGUGAAAGACGGAGCGGGGGCAGUGAGACCACGCUUCAUUAGCCCGUCCUCUCAGGUGUUCAUCUGUCUAAGUUUAAUAUCCGUCCAGUUAGUGAUGGUGUCAGUUUGGCUGCUGCUGGAAGUCCCCGGGACACGGCGUUUCACGCAACCGGAGCGACGACAGACUGUCAUCCUCAAGUGUAACAUGCGCGACUCCAGCAUGCUGCUGUCACUGGGAUACGAUGUGCUCCUGGUCAUCCUGUGUACUGUGUAUGCUUUCAAGACCAGGAAGUGCCCUGAGAACUUCAACGAGGCAAAGUUCAUUGGAUUCACCAUGUACACCACCUGUAUAAUAUGGCUGGCUUUUCUUCCCAUCUUCUAUGUUACAUCCAGCGACUACAGGGUUCAGACCACUACCAUGUGUAUCUCAGUGAGCCUGAGUGGCUUUGUGGUCCUGGGCUGCAUGUUUGCUCCCAAGGUCCAUAUCAUCAUGUUCCAGCCCCAGAAGAAUGUGGCCAGCCACAGGCUCAACCUCAAUCGCUUCAGUGUCAGUGGGGCUGCCACCACAUACGCAUCUCAUGCUUCUGUCGGCGCCCACCCCGUCCCAACAGUGUGCAAUGGGAGAGAAAUUGUCGACUCCACUACUUCCUCUCUGUGACCACAUCCUAUCCUCUCUAAAUCAGCCCCUGCGACUGUUAGCCAAUCCAUGAACAUUGAUCCCCUUGACCGGCAUUCCCCUCCCCAUUCACACACACUACAUACACUCAAAACUCACACAUGUACACGCACGCACAAAAACACACACACAAACAAAGAAACAACCUUCCUUGUGGACUAGAACAGUAUUGUUUCAAAAAUGUAGAAAAAUGUGUAACUAUAAUUAAAAUAUUUUCUAGGGAUGUACAUGAAAUCAACAUUGUUGUAAGUAGAGAAACAAAAGAACAAAAAAAGUUUUUAGGAGGAAUUUUUGGAGCCUUUGUUUUUGAUAGCUUUGUUAUGAUGCCGUGUAAAUAGACAUGCGCUUAAACAUGGUAGGAGGGUUGUGUGUUCCUCAGUCUGGAUGCACAUGUGUGGCUCCGCUUGCCUCACCUGCAAUAUCCCACAGACUUUUUAUUCUCAUGCUUUUUUGUAGGUCUCAUUGUAAUAACCAAUAAUGUAUGCAUUUCUAUUGUGUAUCUGUACAUUUGUAUAUUAUACUACUGAUGGUUCAAACAGCACAAUGUUGAAAGUUUUGUUCCCCUAAAAUGAAUGUGGACAAAAGCAGAAGCUGGAUGGUAAAGGAUCCACCUAUCAAUUUACACUUACUGGGCCAGAACCCAAUUUUCAGUUUGAUAAAUCAUCUGUUCACGUCUUGAUAGAUUUUCUUUGCAUCCUAGAUCUGUAUAAAGAAACAUUGUGGCUGUUUUUCAGGAAAAAUAUGUUUUGCUUUUGAUACAAUUGUUCAUUUUUCUAUUUCUAACCAUAGAAUCCCUUUACCUAAACGGCCAUAGUUCCAGACAUGUGUUCCCCAAGGCUGCAAUAUUUGCACUCCCACUCUCAAACUGCCUGUUUCUUUAGAGGACUGCUGUAAUGGAUUGCUAUUAGCAACUCAUAACAAGGCUACAAACAAAUGUUAAAUCAAAUGCAUUUAUUUUGUCUCAAAACUGUCAACACAGACAGUGCUACAAAAGUUCUGCCAACAAACAGAAAUUGGUGUCUUACCCAGUAAUUAUGAAUUUGUGCUCAUAUGAUUCAAACACUAAUGAGAGGAAUCUGUCUGCUUUGCCGAACACAUGUUGAAUCUUUCCGACUACAGGGGAGUGGUAGCUUAUGUUUUCGUGCCCUGUAGAUACAGUCUGUGGUGAUGUUUAAAAUAUGGCUAUGUGCCUUAAUGUAUGUUUGGUAGUGUUCAAAGUAGAGGUUGAAAAGUGAUCAGUUUUACAUUACCAACUGCAAAUCCUUGUUUGGUAAAUGUAAAAGUGACCCCAGUAUAUUAUCUGUUUCAGGCCAAAACAAUGCCAGUUAGUUUAUCCCCUAGCGAGCCUUUCGCUAUUGAUUGUUUACCUGAAGUGUUAAAACAGUGAAUCUGAGAAUUGACUUUCUCUACCCCCCUUCUUCUCUAGUCUGUGAUUAAAAAGCAUCAAAUGGACAUUUCUGAUGGACACCCAUCACACUGAUUUAGCAUUUUUCAAAGUUUAGCGGCUCCAGUACAAGAAGAAAGGGGAAGUGAAAAGCUCAUAUACCAUUUUGAUGAAGUCUUUGACUUGUCGACUUAUUGAAGUGUGCAGUUUACAUCUCUGUGUUAAAUGUGUUGACGUUGAGAGGCACAGUGGAGCAGCUGGCUGCGGCAAUCCCAGAGAGGCUCAUGAGAGGAAGCAAAGCACACGAUGUCAGCUGCUGGCUGAUCCAAUCAUCUAACAAAAGGAUGUGAGGGUAGAACUCAUAUGCACAACAUACAUAACACUUAUCAAAACAUCCCAUCAAACUCUGUCUGUGGCUCGAAAUAUGAAAGACUCUCUGAUGGGCACUUAUGAGUUGGUUCAGAUAAAUGACAAAAACAUGAAUUAAGUUUUUAUGAAGUAGAUUCAAUUAGUGGAAUAAUUUAGCACUACAUCAUAAUUGAUUUUAAAGGGUGGGCAAGAAUGUAUUGCAUUUAGUACAUUAUUAAUAAACAGAUUUUAAAUGGA